AUGCAAGACGAGCCGAGCUGUUGCUUCAGUUGGCCAGUCGCGUCGUCGCAGACCCCUCGAGCCCCCUCCCGGCACCCUCUGGAGCGCCAGUCUGGACUGUUCAACUCAACGGAUGAGGCAGCUUCAACUGGCCCCGUGCCAGUUCCAGCCCACGUGUCGGAGCCCGAAGGUAGCGGGGCUUUGGCCAGCGAUCGCCGUGACGACACUCUUCAGUGGGCACUUGAGGCUAACUCACGGCCCCAAGGAUUGGCUACGGAAGACAGUGUUUUGACAAAAGGAUACGAAGAAAAGUUGGGUUUCGAGGAAUCUCUUGUUUCAUGA